AUGGCCAGAAUAGCAGGUUUUCCCCUGUUUGACGACGGGAAUUUCAACGUCCUUAUAAACCCCGAUAUGUACAUUCUACAUGCGUCGGCUCUGGGGGGGGGGAAUUGCGCUUCUUGUACCAGGAUCAAUGAGCCUGGACAAUUAGGCGCAACCCGGUUGGUACUUGUCCCGUCGGCUGUGCAGGCCAAGGGCGUCCUCCAAUUCGAAGCGUUCGAGAGCUAUAACCGGCAACUUGAAAAAAGCGCUGUCACCUACCGGUAUCGUUUGGUCCAAACCCCUCCGCAAACUGCGGAAGACAUACGAGCUAGCUGGGAGAUCAUGAAAGCCCAAGAGACUGCGCUCUUGCGUGUCAAUCGGUUGAUCUUUCAUUCCAUUGUCUGGCGCUCGACCAUAUGGGUUAACUUGGGAAUACGGAUGCGCUCCACCGUGAUCUACCAAGAAGCUGUGAUUUAUCUCGUGGGUAUAUGGAAAGCCUUGAACACGACGACUAUCAGUCUCCUCGAUCCUUACACUCAUUACCUCUGUCUGAAGAGGUAUCAAGAGCUCGUCCUGAGAAAGAAGACUGUCGAGUGCCGCAUCUUCAGUCACUACCCUAGAAAUAUGCACCGUGGGACAAACAGUAACCUAAGCUGCGCGUUCUACGCAAACGACAUCUUCAUGUGGAUGAACAUCUGUUUCUUCCGCCAGUAG